UGUUCUUUGUGUAAGAACAUUUGUACCUAGAGGGAUAACUGUUGGAUUUAUUAAUAGGGUUAAGUGGAUGUGUCUACCCAGACUGAUUCUUUGAAUAAAAGAAAAAUCUGGUUAAAAAACUAUUUGUGAAAGUGAAAAUAGAUACAACAAAAUUAAUGCUUAUGUAUAUUUUUGUGGCGUGAAUUGUCUGUGAAAAGUAGAAAGCUGAUCAAGAUGUUAGCUAAGCCAGUGAGUCAUUUAGCAGUGAAUAAUAUAGUGACCUUAAACACUGGCGGUUACAAAGAGUGUUUCACUGGUUUAUAAAGAUGAUUGUGGACUGACACAUUGAUGUUGUGGGGGUCGUUUUCAUGUACAUAGCGGAAUGUCCCUUAGGCUACAUGGUCUGUCUAGCUGUGUGUGACAGCCUAGUGUGUGUACCUAGCUAUCCCAUUCAGAUGGUUAUUGCGCAAGUUUAAAUGGCCAGAUAAUACACUCUUGUUAAGAUCUGUCACUGCAAGUGAUAACAGGCUUGGGCUACUAUAUUUGGUUAACAUGGCUCACGUUUUAAGUGAUAAUUUCGCAAGUGCUUGCAUGAUUCCUUGUUAAACGUGGAUAAGAACUUCUGUGAAUAUUACUGAAGUGUUGCCUGUUGUUUUAACACUGGAUUUGUUUUCUUGUGUGUUGUGAACAGAGAGAGUAAUAUUCAUGUUCGUAUAUUGUUGUACUGGUACACCCACACACUUUUGGAUUUGUAUUGGUGGCUUAGUGAAAAUGGAUGCUGGGCCUAUUUUUAGACACACAGGCAUCUGUUGUUAUGAAUAAUUCUGCUGUUGUAGGUCAGUGAAUAGUUGUUCCAUUGUGAAAUGGUGUCGGUGUUUAAGAAAAAACAUGUAUAUACUGGACCUAUUUAAACUAAAUGACUGUAAAGUGUGUUGUCGCUAAAAGUGUGGGACUCUUCAUACAUGUAUACUACACACGUGGAAACAGCUGACUGUGUUAUUGUUGUACAGGUUAUGUUUCAUCCAAAUACCUGGAAUUUCUUGACUACCACCAACAACUAGACUGUAAUGAAGUAUAAAACUGUCAGACAGUGACCUUUGUCCAUUAGGUAGUGUCAGAUUUUAAGGAUAAAACUGCUUAACAUUUGUACACAAGUUUAUAUUUAUUGAUGUCACAAGGAAACAUUUGGGUGUGAAUCAUCCAUGAACAACUGAUAUUGAUUUUUUAAGAGAGGACCUGAUUCACAAGUUUUUGCUUUCGUUGGAAUUUAAAAAAAAGAAGACCAGACCUUAUGCCUAUGGAUGAAUCAUACAUGAACAUCAUUAAACUGGAAAUCACAAGUUCUCUAUUGUAUCUUUUUGGAUGGAGUUCUAUCAUGCUAUGCAAGUGUGUGAAUUUUAAAAGAUGUUUCAUCAAAGGAGAUAAGUAAUACAAACAAAACACUCUGUGUGGAUAAUUUUUCAUGUGACUCUGUUUCUCUGAAAAAAGUGGUUGAGUGGCGCUGGACAACUUCUAGGAAGACAUACAGAAAUCUUUUGCACAACAACAAUUAUCAGUUCACAUCUUUAUAGGGAUUGAUGUACAUGUUCAUAGUAUUAUGUGUUGAAAAGUGACCGAAUAACAUAGCUCUGUGACUGUCAUAUUUCUGUGCUUAACAAGAUUAUAAGUUGUCCAAUUUUCCUCACAACUUUGAAGUGACCAGUUUGUGCUAUAUUUAAGUAUACCAACUCCUUAGUAUUUUUUUGAAAAUCUGGAUAUAACAAUGGUAUCAAAGUUGAAAGACUGUCCAGCAACUGGGCUGUAAACAAUCAGUGUUUUGUGUUCUGAUUUUUUUAUAAUAUUGGAUUAAACAUAACUAUCUCAUGGUGCAAUACCAUUAGACAGCCAAGGAUUCAUAAACAAUAGGAAUUUCUGUUGUUGGAAAAAACUGGAUUAAAGAAUCUUACCAAUUUCCUGACACUGGACAAAACAAAUUUCCUAGAACAAUUUCAUUUUUGGCUGGUAUUGUUGUUAAAUUCAAAAACUGGACCAAACAAAUCUUUCCAAUGGUCUGAAACUGGACAAGAAAACAAAUUAUCAUUAACAAUUACAUUCUUUGGUUGAUGAUGUUGUAACUUUUGUGGAAAACUGAAUUUAAUGAAUCGUUCCAAUGGUGAGUGGUGGUAAAUCCCCACAACACAGCAUGGUGGAUACUGAACCAACCGGGACGGGGGGUGUAAAGGACCCCUUGCCCGUAACGGACCGAACCCUCUGGCUAAAACACCAGCAGGAAGCAUACUUGCAGUCAAUGAAACUUAAACGCCAGCUGUCAAAAAGUCGCCAUGUACCGAUGGUUUACGGGCGACUAGUGGACACAGAUCAGCUGAUCAUCAUGACCGACUCCCUGCAACAGCAGCAGGACAUGGCGGCCAUGCAGAAUCGCAUACCGACGAACUUCCGCGACGCGACAGGCGGUCCACUGCGCAAACUGAGCGUGGAUCUCAUUAAGACGUACAAACACAUCAAUGAGGUAUACUAUGCAAAGAAAAAACGCCGUGCCGCUCCAGGGGCACAGGGGGACGAAAGUGGGCACAAGAAGGGGAAGGUCAACGUACACGCUUAUAACGAAGGUUACGAUGACCCCAACCACGAUUAUAUCGUAAACCCGGGAGAGAAAUGGCUGGACCGAUAUGAAAUUGAUUCACUCAUAGGGAAAGGGUCUUUUGGACAGGUGGUUAAAGCGUUUGACCACCAGGACCAGGAACCUAUCGCCAUUAAGAUCAUUAAGAACAAGAAACCAUUCCUCAACCAGGCUCAGAUAGAGGUGCGACUACUGGAGACGAUGAACAAACACGAUGCGGAAAAUAAAUAUUAUAUAGUCAAAUUGAAAAGACACUUCAUGUUUCGAAAUCACCUGUGUUUAGUGUUCGAACUACUAUCGUACAAUCUCUACGACUUAUUACGGAAUACAAACUUCAGAGGUGUGUCGUUAAACUUGACUAGAAAGUUCGCACAACAAUUGUGUACGGCCUUGUUGUUUCUCGCCACUCCGGAGUUAAACAUUAUUCACUGUGACUUGAAACCUGAGAAUAUAUUGCUGUGCAACCCAAAACGUAGUGCAAUUAAAAUUGUGGACUUUGGUAGUUCGUGUCAAUUAGGACAAAGGAUCUACCAGUAUAUCCAGUCUCGUUUCUACCGGUCGCCCGAGGUGUUGCUGGGUAUCCCGUAUGACCUGGCCAUCGAUAUGUGGAGCCUGGGCUGUAUACUCGUGGAAAUGCAUACAGGAGAACCUCUGUUCGCUGGGUCUAACGAAUUUGACCAGAUGAUGAAGAUCGUUGAAGUUCUCGGCAUGCCUCCAAAGCACCUUCUUGAUCAAUCAGGAAAGGCACGGCGGUACUUUGAUCAGCUUUCAGACGGCUCCUAUGUCUGUAAGAAACCUAAAGAUGGGAAAAAGUACAAACCCCCGGGUACCCGUAAACUGCACGACGUCAUCGGCGCAGACACUGGGGGACCGGGAGGUCGACGUGCAGGGGAACCGGGUCACACCGUGGCAGACUACCUGAAGUUCAAGGACCUGAUCCUACGAAUGCUCGACUUUGACCCGAAAACGCGGAUAACGCCCUACUACGCUCUGCAGCACAAUUUCUUCAAGAAGACGACAGACGAGAGUACGAACACGUCGAAUAGCACAUCUACGAGUCCCGCCAUGGAACAGCACAACGUGACUGGCCCCACAGUCGGGUCAUCCAGUAGCGGUCGCGCUCGGUCGGACCCCACACACCAGCACCCAACUCACUUGCACGUUCACUCCCACUCGGCCGCGCACCAGGGCACCGGUCUCCACGCCAACCUCACGCAGUACCAGACCAUGGAGUGCGAGAGUCCCCUGGGGGGAGGGGCAGCCAACCCCAGGGGCUUGUCCCAGGGUGGCCACAUGACCCAGCCAUCAUCCCAGCAACAGGUCUACUCGCAACAGAGCUGGCCAGGCAGCAUGGGAGUUGUUGGCGGUGGCUCGCAUUUGCACCAGCAGCAACAUCGUCACCAUCGGCAACAGUCGCCACCAUCGAGUUUCAGUUCUCACGGUCAGCUGUCAUCGAGUCACGGGGGGAACUCGGCGAGUCUGAUCAUAGGUCCCGGGUUCGUUUCUUCUGCCACUUUGCCGCCUCAGUCGGGGCGGUCCGUAGACAUUGUGCCUGGCGGACAUAGUGGACACGUUAGGGUGCACAGUAGUUCUGACCCCCCACAGAUUGCACCAAUGAAUAUGCAUUUGUCUGGCUACGCACCGCAGUACGGACAAUACCCACAGCCCCAGUGGGCAGGCACGGGGUUCCCGUACACGCUUUCUUCACCAGAGGUCCCAUUACCUGUUGGGCCUGAAAACCCCUCUGUGCAGCAUACAAGAGGGUCUAGCGAAAGGGGGGACGAGUCACCAAUGAUGGGCGUUGUAGUACAACAAAGUCCAGUAGCUAGCCAUUGACGGAGGCUGACUCCUAGUUUGUGAUUGUGAUAAUUCUUUUUUGAAAGCAGGCUUUUCGUCACUGCCAGGUGAAUGGUGAAAGGACCGAGGCCUUCUGUGAUUCUGUCCAUACAGUAUGUCAUUGUUUCGCAGGGUGCUUGAACAGAAGUGGCCUGGUCGUAUCGCGGUUGCCUUAGAGGGACGGCACUGUGUGUGUUUGAUAAUUGGCUUAUAAAGCUCAUGUUAUGGACAGGUGAUGAGUGUUAUGUGGAUAAAAAAUGGAUUGUAAAAAAGAUGAAGCACAGUUUGAAAAGAAGGACCGUAGUGAUUUGCUUGAAGUUUAGGAGUCUGGAUCUGAACAGUGCCUUGGUUAAGGCAAAGUUGUGUGUGGUAUUGCAUCAGUCUGAACAUUGGGUGUGUGUAACCUCCAGUGCAAACCAGCCAAGCUGGUGAAGAUCUCGCCACAUCACCCACUAGCGGGCCGUGGUGGAAACGUGGUGGAAGGUCAAGGUCACAUCAGUAGGCUUGGGCAGGAGUUCUCAUUGAUCGACACCAGGGGAUGGGGCUGUUGGAGUCAAUAUUGCGCAAUUCUGAGACUUGGAGACAGAAAUGUGCAGAGGGUGUGGCUAAGAGCCUUAAGUAAUGUGAGUGCGAUUCAGUGAAGCCGUUAGUGCUUAAACUGUUGUUACCAGUCACUGCAGAAAUGUAAACAGUUAGUGUUUUGCUAAGGAAUUUGUUGUUGUGUUUUGUGACAGGAAGCUGUGUGCCCCUUGAUAGCUUACGUUUGAAAAACAUUUCCCAGCAGUUAAACUGCUCGUUAUAUUGUAAAUCAAUGUUAGAUGUUUGUUCUGAUGAAAAACGAAAUAUCUGUCUAUUGAAAGUGAGAUGUACGGAGAUUUGUGUAAUGAUGGUACUGUGAAGAGGAUGUAUUUUAUGACUUCUCUAUGAAGAAGGACUUAUCAGUAUUUGUCAUUCAACUCUUGUGUAUUGAUCACACAUUUACUCACAUCACUUUGUGAAAAUGGUCACAGACUGUUUGUGAGUUAAGAUUGGCCAUUGUGCUGGCAAAGUUCUUUAUCGUAAUAUAUGCUUCGAAUUUUUAUCCUCUAAGUUUUAUUUAAAAGAAGUAUACUUGUGGAAAAAAUUCCUCUACAUUUUUAACUAUGCAAAUAUUAGUUACCGGAAUUAUUAGCCAAGUUUUCUGUUACAAUUCCAGAAUGUUUUCAUUUGUCUAUUCAUGUUUAUUUAUUUAGAUUUUUAACCUGAAACUAAAUAUUUUGCUUGUCUCGGUGUAAACUUGUUGUAAGAGUCGAACACAGAAAACGACUUGUAAAUAGAAAGGUGCUUCACAAACUAUGAAUUCGAUCUCUGUUACCCUUUUAUCUAAAAUUGCGCAUGGGGCCCAUAGUAAAAAUGCUCACAAGUUCUUAUUGCUUAUAUGAACUAAAGUCUAAAUUUCAGAUUAUUGUGAUUUUAGUUAUAUUCAAUAUUGUUUCAUUAAAUUCUAUUGUAUAUAUAUAUACACUUUAGUCACAUGCGUUAAUAAAUGUUAAUAAAAAGAUAAAAAACAGAAUUUGAAUUAACAGGUUAAUUCUGUAGUGUAAUAAAUAUGAACGAAAACAUGUUUGCGAGAUAAUCUGAUCAUGUUAAAAUUAGGUAUUUUUUGUGGUUUAAUUUCAAUUGUUGGUCAAAAGCCAUAUGUUUUAAGUUGUUUGACAUUUCCUUGUAAAAAGAUAAAUCAAACAAUUACAUGCUUUUGAAAUUGCUUUUAAAUAAUUUUUUGCCCGCAAAUUAAAUAAUGUUAUCAAAAUAAUAGUGAAAAGUUUAAUAGUAAAUAAACAAUCAUGUUGAUUUAAUAAAUGAUCCUAUGCCAAUUCGGUUGCAAAAAUGAAUUAGCUGGUUAUCUUUGAACUCAACAGUUUUAUUCUGCAUUGAAUGUUCAUAUUUCUCUUGUGGACCAUCUUUGAAAUAAUGUAACAAUGUUGAUUGUCUAUGGAAUAUACAUUAAAUAUUUAAAUUAUAUUUAAAUCGUUGAUUAAUUUGUUUACCUAUCCUUUACGAAAUCAACUGUAUUAAACAUAAAAAUAAUAUAAUAGUCUAUAGUUAUUUUUUAUGAGCCUUUAUGUAUUGAUAAAAUAUAUUUGUUAAAUUUUUGUUUUGGGUAAGCAAACAAAAUAAUUAUUUUUAAGAGCCUUGUUUGAGAAAAGUGGGACGAAUGCAACUGUGUAAAGUGUCAUCUCAAAUUAUCCUGAGAACUUGAGUCUUUCUGUGCGGGAACCGAAUUUUGAAGGCCUUUGCAAACAGUUUGGAUCCAGAUGAGACGCCACAGAACGUGGCGUCUCAUCUGGAUCCAAACUGUUUGCUAUUCUGAUAGUAUUUUUUGGAAAAAAAAUUCGAAGAAAUGCUAAUUGUAGAAAUUCAGCAGACGACAUUUUAGCAGACGAUAAAUUUCCCAGCAUGCAAAGGGUUAAGUCUGUACACGCUAAUGAGGGAAGACACUUUCUGAUUUUUUGGAAUUCUUCGUUUAUGUGAAGUCUCUUUUAAACGAAAAUACAGCUGAAGAGGAAAGCCCUUUGCACAUUAUCACUUCAUUGUUGCAUUUAUAUUAUCAUGAAUAUGGUGUAAAUAUUGUGAUAAUUCUAUUUAAUGAAACUGGAUGGUGAAUAAAAUGCCACAAACCUG